AAGAAGAAGAUUAGGUCCCUCUAAAGGCGGAAGUACCUUCCCGUCUUUUCCUACGAAGGGUACUAAACGAAGAACGUAAACGAGGGAAACAUGGAAAACGAAGAUCACGAUUACACGAGCACCACUUAUAAUAAAGUGUGCCCCGUGGAGUACACAUAUAAAAUGAGUGUCAAGGAAAUUGAAGACUUUGUGAAGCUGAGGGUUAAGAAUAAUAACCUCUUCUCUGGAAAGAGAAAUACGUCCAUGUGGGCAUGGAGGGCAAUCCUACAACAUAUGCGCUUACAUUACCAGAUGAGCCAUAUUCAAGCAUCCAAAAAAUGGGAAAACCUGAAGAAGAGAUACAAGGGGCUAAAGAACCCUCCAGCUGGAGUGAAAGUGUACCCUGAAGGUUGGCCUUUCUUCAACGUGAUGGACGACGCUAUGGAGGGUCGGCUGGAUGGCGACACCCCCCUCCUCGAGGCCUUACCCCGCAGCGCUCAUUUCCCCUCAAUCUCCAAACGCAAGAGGAGGAAGAUACCCAUGGUACCUAGCUCCUCUAUGGCCUCCAUCGCAGGAGAGCCUGAGAUUGAGGUCACCCUGAACGGAGACGAGGAUGAGGAGAUCACGGAGGACGGAAGCAUGAUGCAAGAGAUGGAGCAUGAGAGGGACUUGAUGAAAAGCGAGAAACGGGUGAUGGAGAGGGAGCAGCAGGUGCUACAGAGGGAGAGGGCGGUGCUGGACAGGGAGAUCGCCGCUCUGGACCGAGAGCGAGCCUCCCUGGAAAGAGAGAGGGCGAUCAUAGAGAGAGAAAAGGCCCUUUUGGAGAGGGAGAAGGUGAUGUUGGACAGGGACAAGGAGGCUGUGAGACAGGACCGGCUGGCUCUGGAGAGAGAGAAAGCCAGGCUGGAGAGACGUUCUGCACCCGGAGAAAGGACUGAGGACGGUACAGAAGACAGCCGCAAGCGGAAACACUCAGAUGUCACAGACAGGAAGGAGCAGUUCCUCAACUUGUUUGAAAAACUUAUUGAAAACUUUUGAUUCAUGAGGCUUCUCUGCACAACACAUCCAUGGAGAAAGUAUUUUUGAGCAGUUUUCUAAAUUAGUUAAGUCCAUACAAAUCAAAAUGUACAUUCACCAUCAAUGAAAACUUUGAGCCACUCCUAGUUUGGAGAGGUCUUCAAAACAACUUUAUUCACUUGUGGUUAUUCCAUACAGAGCACACAAUAGCAAGCUAUUAGCAUUAUUCUUAACCCCAUCCACAAUAAAAAUCAACAACCCCCCCCCUCCCAAAUCAAACAAUAUUCUUUAUUUGAUCCACUCUAGACAUUAGAGUCUUUGGUAUUGACUAUUGUGCACGGUUUAAACAUCACUCUGAAAUGAAUUAUACCAAAUAUUGCAGUUCAUGUAAAAAAUCUUUUUUUCAGAAUAUAUAUUUUUAUAUUACAGUACAGACUUUACAACAAAUGAUUGUGUUUAAAUGCGUCUUUUAUUGCAUUAGAUACUCAAUGUACCUUCCAUUAAGCUCCAGCUUCAAUAAGUUUAUGCUAGUAUACAUUUCCAAAAGUGUUAGAUUUGUCAUUAAUAUUAUAUUAAUAUUAUUUUUUUACAAAACAAAACAUUAAAAAAUAUUACUGGUUGUAUUUUUUUGCCAGUCAUGAACAAACACUAAAACAGACACGUACAUGACAUUUGAGGGUUUUUAAUAAACUGAUUUCUCCAAA